AUGCUGAGAUUUUUGAUAUUACUAACGUCGGCAUUAUCAGUGGUCGUCAGCAGCGCGCCAUCUUCAACUUUAGAAUGCGGAGGUUGAUUUUUAAGUUAAAUUGAGUAAAACGGCGGAUUUUUACAGCUUGUAUGUUGAUAAUCGGCCAACUAGAAGCCAAAAUCGCUUUGGUGGACCCGAAAAAGACGAUAGAAUCGGGCAGUUACAGAGUUAGCCCUACUGGAGAGCAGAAAGGUCUUCAACAGGUAAAUUUGAAGUUUUUUUCAGAAAAUGUACUAUUUUACUAGGUUUUUUUGAAAUCUUUUUUUGAGAACUCUAGUAGCGAACUUUUUCAAAACUUCUAACUGAAAAAAAUUCAAAAAGUAAAGAAGCUGUAACUUGAAAUUACAUAGACAUUUAUCAAUAGAAACCCAUUAAAAAAUCUUUUUUUCUAGGCUUUCCAUUCCAAGUAAAAAAAUUUAUUUUUUUCAGCUUUUUAGUCGCUCUUUUUUUCAGCUUCUUCUCCCGCAGUCAGAAAAAUAUUUUUUUCCGAAAGAAAGUUUCAAAAAUUGUUCGGGAGAGUUUUCAAAAUGCCAUAAAAAAAUGAUACAGUCCUUUGAAAGUGUUUUUUGUUUGAAAAAUUAGCUUUUCUAAAUUUUUUUCAGGUUUUAUAUAUCAGUUUCAGAUCCCCUUGGCACGAUCGGAAUCCCACAUAAUUGAUUUGAUUGAGAAUAUUUGUGACGAGGCGAAAAAUUUCAAACGUGUGGUUAGUUUUUUUUCUUUGCUGAUUUCAAUGCCCAAUCUAUUAUUUUUGCUUUUUUUAUGUUCGUAUCCUUAUUUUUAGACAAAAAAAGAAAGAUUUCAUCGCGAAAAAACUAAAUUUUCCAUCGAAAAAAUGCCCAAAAUUACGUAAAAAUUACUUUUUUGCAGUUUCAGAAUGCUCAUAAGUUCAUGAAUUCCAUAAAAUUCGCUUUUGAAAUUGAAUUUUUCCCAGGUAAACACGCUAACAGGUAAAGCCGUCUACGUACACAAGGAUUCUACCUAUUUGAGAGGAGAAGAAGAUGGAAAAUUGAGGGCCAAAUUAUUACAUUCUGUAGGGAUUUCAAACAAAAAAAUUCUUGAAAAAUUAUUUUUUUCCUACAGUGUUCCGACUUCAUUGACGACAACGAGGAGGAAAUCUUGAAGUUUUUUUGACGAAAUCUCAUGAAGAUCCGGUCAAGGAGUUUUGUCAUAAGAUUAAAGGUUUGUUCCAGAGAAAUUCCAAAAGGUUACGAAAAAUUUUUUUCAUUAUUUUUUUACCGAUGAUUAUUUUUUUGAGUGAAUUUCCAAAUUUAUGCAGAAAAAAAUCCUUGAAUUCCGAUUUUUCGCUGUUUUUUUCAUAUAGUAAUAAACUUCAAUGAUCUUUUUGGAACUAAAUUAUUCAGGUAACUUGAAAAAAAUGUUUUUUUAUCAAUUUUUUUCGCGAAAUUUCAUCCGUAGAGCGUAGUUUUUAAGUUCCUGAGCUUUUUUUGGGGGUUUUUUCCGAGAAAAUGAAGUGGAUUCCAAAAAAAUUUUCUAAAGUAUCCUUGAAAAAAAUCUAGGCAAAAGCAAAAGAAUUUUUGAGGAAAUUUCAUGAUUUUUUUCUUUUUCAUAUCCUUCUGUUCAUCAUCAUUUUUUUAUAAAGAAAAUAAUAAUUUCACUUCAAAAAAACAUUUCUAACUAGAAAAGACCCUUUUUUUCUCAUUUUUAUAUAAAAAAAGGUUGAAAAAUUUUAUUUUUUUGCGAAAAUCAUCAUUAAAAAAUAUUAUUUACACCAAGCAAAAAGAACUUUUUCCAGGAACUUGCUCUUCGGUCGACGUUUCUCCACUCCCGUCCAAUGACCCGCCAGAAGAAGAAUCUGAAAAUGCCCCUGAAAUCCAAGAAGAUGAACUAUAACCACUAUUUUAGACUUUUCCCUUAUUUAACUAUUCAUUGAUCACUUAUUAAGCCAAACGAGGUAUAUAAUUUAGUUGUUUGAUUUUUUUCUAAUUUUUUUGAAUUAUAAAAUGUUUUUGUUCUGCACAUUUGAAUAAUUUGUAUAGGUUCAAAGGCCGAAUAUCAAGGAAAUGUGUUUUUUGAAGAAUUUGACAUAUUUUGAAGGUUCAUGACAAAUGUCGACCCAAUCGAUGAUAUUGACGAUUUGUGGAAAUGGAAGAAAAAAGUCAAAGAAAAACCUGAAAUUCGAGAAGUUUUGAAGAAUUAUGAGUGAGGAGAAUAUUCUCGGGCAAAACGGAAAAGGUUCUUUGAAAAAAAAGAGCUUCCAAGGGUCCGCAACGAUUUUUUUUUUUGAAGAUUCACUUUUGCAUCUUUCUCACAUCCUUCAAUGAAAAGAUGCUGAAAAGGUUCCAGAGAAUUCAAAAGGAACUUUUCCAUUUUACCUAUUUAUGAACUUGAAGAAAAAUACAUGGAUAUUUUUUUGAGGAGAAAUAAUGGCCCGGAAGUGCUCAUUUGUCAUGACAUGAAAGGCGGGUAUUUGCCGGAAGAAUCGUGAGUACAUUUCGAAUCGAAUCUUGAAAAAUAUUUUUAAAAAUUAACGGACCCCAGAGUUUCUCAUUAAAGAAUUAUAAACAAGGUUCAGAAAGUAUAUUUUUUUAAAUUGAUUUCUGGAUUUUUUUCCAUGGAAAAAUAGGUUAUUUUUCAAAGAAUAAUGCUGAAAACUGAUGAUAAACUUAUAAUGAACUCAAUUUUAUAGCCUUGAAUCUCGGAAUAAAGCUUAAUAUAGCGUUUUCUGACGAAAACCGUUAUCAAAAAUAAGGUUUGACCAAAAUUUCAGUUCAGGAAAAAAAAAUUUUUUUUUGGCCGUAGAGCAUACAUUACCAAAUUCCAAAAAUUUUCAAGCUGUAUGCCAAUUUUUCAAUUUAAAAUUAUUUUAUGCCGUGUUCAAAGUGAUUCCGCGAAAUGCAAAAUGACCGUUAGAGAAAGGAAAAAGAUAACUAAAUUUUUGGAGAGUCAGAAAUAAUUUUGCAUUUCGCGGAAAUUAUUUCGAACAAGGCAUAAAAAAAUAUUUAUAUUGAAUUUCAGAGCGGACGGCUGCGAAUUCGAUUCUGAGAAUCAGCCCUACAUUUUUCUCAACUGGUGGAAUAUCGAUAUUUUCUGCUAUUUUUCGCAUCAUUUUAUCACCAUUCCACCGAUUUCUUAUACGGAGCUAGCACACAAACAUGGUAAAAUAAAUAAAUGUUUUAUUCAAUUUUUCAAUUUUUCAGGCUGUAUCUCCAUUGGAACUUUUAUAACGGAAUGGAACCCGGGUUUGAAAAUUUGCGAAAAGUUAUUAAAAAAUCGAGAAUCGGCUGUGGAAACUGUCGAUGCUUUGGUGAAUAUUGCCGAACAUUUCGGAUUUGACGGAUGGCUGAUUAAUAUCGAAAAUGUCGUCAAGGUGAAUUUUUGAAGUUCAGUCGGACUGUUUUGAUAUGCUUCUUUGAUUUAAAAAUCGGAGCGAUUUCCGAAAAAAUUUUAAAAAAACUUUGCAGUUUCUUCAUUUAACUGUUUUCUUGCGAAAUUAAGAUUUUUUUUUUCCGUUUUUCAAUAAAUCAAAUGAUAUUGUCAAGGUGAAUCGAACUGUUUUGAUAACGUCCUUCGGAAAAAAAGAUUCGAAAUUCGGGGUUGGUUCAAAAUUAAAAAAAAUUUUUUAUGUUUUUUUGGAGAUACUUCACUUUACUGUUUACCUGCAAAAUUAAGGUCAAAUCGAUUUUCGAGACAUCAAUGUUGUUUCUUUAGCACUUUAUAGCUUCCAAUUUUUUUUUCAUCUCAAUUGACAUUUAACGUAUGCUGAAAACUCAAUUUUAGAUAAAUUUUCAAUUUACUGUUUUACCUUCCUAUUUUUGUUCUUCAAUUCACUGUUAUAAUCUGAUCAAGUCAUUGCUCAAGCUCCGCCCCUAAUGGUGCGAAAAACCAAUCAAAGAGCGAGCCAUACAUAAAGCGUUCUCAAAUGACGUAAUUGUACUUGAAACCCAAAAUCUAAAAAGAUUAUCCUCAUUUUUAAAGGAAAUUAUUUUUCAAUUUGUUCAAUAUUAAGAGAAUUUUGAGUUCAGGAAGAACAAAUCGAGAAUCUGUGCCUUUUUCUCCGCCUUCUACGAGAAAAAAGCGAGAAAAGAAACCCGAAUUCCCGUAUAAUUUGGUACGAUUCCGUGCUCCAGGACGGCUCUCUCAAAUGGCAAAACGCUCUCAAUGAGAAGAAUAAGUAAUAUUUUCAACUAUUUCUGGCCGCAUGUAGAAUGGCUCAACGCGUUGCGGUUUAAUUUUAAAAAAAGAAGGUUUUCUAGGGCUUUCAAAGGAGACUAGGUCUAUUAGAUAAAUUUUUUUGCUGAUUUCGAAUCUUCGCCCGAAAAAAGCCCUAAGGAAAAAUUUAUGGGCGGUCCAAGAAAAAUUCUGAAAUUUUCGGUGAUAUUAAUAUAACAAUAAGCGACUAGCUUGCUAAACUGAAACCCCUAGAGUGGUCACUUUUGCAAGCUUUAGUGCCCCCUUAUGGGGGGAUGAAGUGGGGCUUUCAAUGGUCCCUCUAGGGCCCACUUUGGCGUCUGUAAGUCUAGAACUCAAAAUUGUUCCCUCAAACCGCUUCGCAGCCGCGACGCGUUGAGCCAUUCCCCGUGCGACCAAUGUUUUUCUUUUUGAAAGUCGACCUUCGUAUUCUCAGAAUGUUCUACGAAGCUUGCCACUCGAUUUAUCUGAACUACAACUGGACCGAAAAUAUGCUCUUGGACUCGGCUGACCACGGCCUUUUGAGGGAUAUUUUCGUUGGGAUCGAUGUUUUUGGAAGAGGUUGCAUUGGUGGGCAUACCAAAUGAAUAUUAUAUGAUUAAUUUAUGUAGUAAAGUGCUUCAAUUUGUCGAAUAACCUUCUUUUUUUCUUAGUUUGAAACGAUGAUAACUUUUUAAUAAUUCAGAAAAAAACUAAAGUUUCAUUUGGCUUUUUUUAUACACAUAAAGAGUAUGAAAAAAAGGCAUUAAUAUUCUUUUUUUCGUGUUAGUUCUCAUAUCGAAACAGUAAUGUUAGGUUUUUUUCUAGAUUUUCUAAGUAACAAUUUUUUCAGAUUUUCUUUCAAAAACUCUUCGACUAUUUUCAUUCAAAAAUAUCAGUAAUGUAGAAAAGUUUCUAAUUUUUUUCAACAUUUCAAAAAAAUCUUUUUUUCCCUUCUAGAUACUCUCGGGUACGAGCGAACAUAAAUAUUUUUUCAAUUUCGAAGAAAAAAAAUUUCUUUAAGAUUUUUUUUUAGUUUCGAACUUACUAGGGAACGUUUUUUACCCCCCGGUCGAACUUUCGCUGAAACUUUGCUGAAGUGUACUUUAGGACCCCCUGAUUCCACAACAGAAAGAAAAUUUCUCGCAAUAGUUCUCGUUUUCGAGUUAUGGAGCUUCAAAAGCCCGAAAUAGCGCUUUUUUGGCCUAAUUUGCGUAUUUUGCGGACUUUGUAGCUCCAUAACUCGAAAACAAGAACUAUUGCGAGAAAUUAAAAAACGUUCCCUGGUUAGCCUUGGAAAAGCAAAAAAGUACCUGAUUGUUUGAUUUUUUUAUUUUCUCAAAGAAAAUUUUCAAAGUUUUCGAAACGGUUCAACUUGAAAUAAGUCUUUUGAACUUUCAAAAUUUAGAUUAUCUCGAUUUUCUGUGAAAGUUGGCUUCAUUUUUUUAAACGAAAAAAAUGACAGGAUUUUUCCGCGAAAUUUUUCGAUAUUCUUUAAUAAUUUCUCUUUUACAAGUUGAGACUUUGAACUAUACUGAAAAAAAGGAGUUUUUUUGAGGUGGAUUCGACAGUUGGAAGUCGUUUUCAACGGCGAAACUGCUACGAAUGUCAGUGGCGCUUUUUCGCCCCGGGAUGGGUCUGCGAAAAGUUCCCCGACAAGUGUCAAGUCGUCAUGGGAAUAAAGUGAGAAAAACGGAAAUAUCCAAAUUUUUGUAUGAAAAUUGUAAUCUUUUAUAUUUCUCUCCUUUUACUGCUUCAAUUCAAAAAAUUUCAAGAAAUAUUCUAUUUUUUUCAAAGUUCUAGGAAGGCCAGAGUGGUCCCUAUAGGGGCAACCUUGAGGACGCGUAGAGGGUCCCCUCUAGGGGCCACUAGAGCUUGAAAAAGUGGCCAUUUUAGGGGUUUUAGUUACGGCGAUUUGAGCUGAGUGAAAAAAAAAAUCAACAGAUUAUUCGAUAAAUGUUCAUUAAAUCAGUCUUCGGUCAAUUUCUACAUCCUAACAAAAUUUAGGGUCCACUUGAGGGACCACUUAAGCUUCUAUGACCAAGGGGUCAGACCUCAAACCCCUCUAGGGAACGCUUCAUGCCCACUAUAAGUGUUGUUUUCCCCGGACCCUCUAGGGGCCACUCUGGCCUUCCUCAACUCAAAAAAAUAAUCCAAACUUCAGAUUCUGGCAAAAACUGUACCCAUACAUACGUACAAGGAAACUCCUUCACACAAAUAUCGACACAAAUUUUUCCUGUGGCCUUUCUUUUAAGGUAUUUUCGUUUAAAAAUCCUUGCUGUGGUUUUUUUUUAAAGAGCAUAGCGUAAUUUGCAAGAAGGUCUCGAAGCGAAAAAAAUUAUUUUAAGCUCUAUGAGAUUUAAUAACGUCAGCAAGGAUUUUUCAACGGCAUAGAAUGAAAUCUGAUGAUUUUGGUUCAAAAAUUGAAUUUCAGAACGGGAAAAAGUGGUUCAAAUUGGCGGAUAUCCAACUUCAGCCGCAUUGUUUGAGCACGGAUUGCUAUCCAGUAGAAGAAGGACUUCAAAUCGAACAAAUUGGAAGCUAUUCGUGAGUUUUAAUGGAAAUUUUCGAUUGGAAAACCGUCAUAAAACACUUUUUGUAACUUUGUCAUGAAUUUUGAAAAAUCCCGAUUCGAAUUUGGGCAGUUUAAAGGGACAUACAAUUUUGAGAUCGCUAUAAUUCUGUGAUUUAUAUUUUUAUAAUCUCUUCCAAUAGGAAAACCGGACGUUUUUGAGCAAUUUUAGUGAUCACUUAAGAGGAUUGAAGCUACUGAAGUGGUCCCUAGAAAUGUGACGACACGUUUGAUUUGCGUUACCAAGGUCCGAGAAACUUUCAUACAUUGAAGAGUUCUGUUCUUAGGAACACCAGAGUUGUCACCAGAGGGGCAAACUUGGAGGCUCUUGUAGUUUUCCCUCAAGGGACCAUUUUACUUCUUUUUGAAAAGACACUAAAACUUGCAAAAGUAGUCAAUCUAACAGAAUUUUGUAAGAAUUUUAGUUAGUGGCCACUCUAGGCGCCUUUCGAACUUUCAAACCAGAGUAAAAAAAUUGAAAACCACUAUAGGGACCACUUGAACUUUAGAGGUUCAGGAGUAAGUAGACCUACUUGAAUGUUAGCCCCUCUAGGAAGCAUUUUUUUUCUCACCAUAGGGUUUUCCCCUAACCCCUCUAGUGAUCACUCUGGCGUUUUAGUUGGAAAAAAAAAAUCAGCUUCUCAUAGCCCUGAACAAUAUUUUGAUGGGAGUAUGGUUCAAAGAAAAUUUUUUAAUUUUUUCAUAUGAAAUUUUUUUUUUGCCCUUGAAAAACCUAAGCGAAAAUCAAUCAAAGUGUUAUUAAAAAGAUCCCAAAAUUAACAAAAAAAUUAUAUUUCGCGAGAUCUUUAUAUUAAAUUAUCUUCUAAAAUAAUUUAUUUUCAGACUUUUCAACUUCUCCGUCACCUCCAGCAAGCUAUCAGUCUCAUUGGAAACAACGAAAAAAGUCUCCUUGACCUUAAAUGGCCAGGAAAUUUUUGAAAACGACGAAUCUAUUGAUUUGGACGGCUCAAAAGUGUCAUUGUCCCUGGAAUCCAAAGAUUCUUCAUUAAAUGUAAUUUUCACUGCCCCCUCGCCCUUUCACUUACAUUCCAUAGGUGUGAUAACUCGAUUUGAAAAACACCCUAAUCAAGAGCUUUAAAACCAAAUAAAAUGAUAGAAUAAAUUAAUUAGAUAUAAUUUAUCGGCAGUUUACAUAGAAAAAGCGUCGACUAGCGCAUCGGAAUACUAUCACCACAGUUUUGACUCAAAUUUUGAAAAAUAUACAGCAAAGAAUUUACAAGAACCGUAUGUUUAAAUAG